AAAAAAUCGUUUGCUUGGUUUGCUAGCUAUGUGACUAUGUCAAAUAGUUUUAGUUGUAUUUUGUAUUUUUAGGAAUAUUGUGAUUGCAACUGUUCUAUUGUAACAUAAAAUUGUCAUGAAAUCGUUUUGUGAGAGAUGAGUGUCUUUGGGGAUUUUCAACGUGUGUGGGUGCAACGUUUUCCAGACAGUACUUUACCAGCAGCUUGGGAGGAAGAUGUCAGAGCCAAUUUGGCUAAACAUAAACAGAAAGUUGCUAUAUUACGAGAAGAGCUUGAGAAGGAGGAAUUUUACGUGGAAUACCUUGAAACGUUACUAUCAGAUGUAGAGAAACACAAGGCAGCGUCUCAAUUCAGUAAAGUGGCGCCGCCCUCAGGUACUGACACGAGCGAAGAUAAGACUUUUGAUAGCAAGCAGGGUUCCAAUACUAAUUCUUUAUCUAAAAAAAGUGAGGGCAGUGUUAGUAAUAAAAGUGAUGACUCAGCUGAGGGCUUAGAUGUAGAGGAGGAAAAGGUGCCUUUACGAAAUAGACCAAUAAACUUUGCUGAAAGAAGUUCUGUUAACCAAUGCAUCAAUGAGCUCUCUUCCAAUCUUGCCGCAGAAGCAGCUAGACGACGUUGUAAUAGUGAGAUUGUCCAGAGAACAGAAAAAGAAGACAUUGGUGUUGAAUCAAUAAAUUCCAUACAAGCUAAGAACCGUCCAGCAUCACAAGGUGGUGAUUUUGUAACAGUGAUUGAGGUGAAUGGCCUAAAAGCUGCUGAGAAUGCUGCCAAGAAACAAGAUGAGUCACCCCAGACCUAUGAAAGUGGUUCAACUGAUCCAGCUAUUGCUUCUAAGAAAAAAGUACCACCAAAACCCCCACCAAAAGUGUUUAGCCGACGAGGUGCUUCUUUACCAGAAAGUGGCUUACCAGAGGACAGCCCUCCAUCUAGCUUGGGCAGGAGGAUGAGGAAUUCUGAUUCACGGGAAUCUAUUGCUAGUCGUGGGUCUACACCAUCUAUAAGUGAAAGAGUAAAAAGCUAUGAGUCAAUAAAUUCACUGUCAUCUGAGAGGAAACGUUCUGGGGGAGCAGCUACACCUCGAUCUAUUGAUGAAGAAGUUACAUCAACUACUCCAGACUUUCCUGAAGGCAGUGAUGAUAAAUCUCCACCGAUUUCUCUUGAGAGUAUACCUGCAGUUGUUCGAAGUACUGAGGAUGAACCUUAUUAUGAUCAAGUUCCAGUGGACAUAAAUGAUGGAGAAUAUGUUUAUAUACAAGCAGGGGGUGCAGGAUCUAGUACGGAAGAUGGCUCGAGUGGCACAAGCACCCUCGCCAUGGUACCGAGUGCCCCAACGGCCCCUUCAGCGCCAACAGCCCCUAUUGCACCUGAUUCACCUUUGUGUGCGACGGCUCCUAACUAUGUCAACAUACAUUAUUUCAUACAGCAUGGCGUGGAAGGUGCAGAGGCAAGUGAAACGAGUUCAGAAAUAACGGAAUCAAAUGAUACACCACUAUUGCUUCGAACUAUUUCUUCAGACACGGAGGCCAGCGCAACACCUCCGGUUUUAAGAAAACUGCAGCAUCAGGAAUCCAGCAAUAAUGCAGAAGCGGAACGUCUUACGAUGCACCGUUGUAUCGUCACAAGUAUUAUUGAAAGUGAGACCGUGUACGUCGAAUGCCUAUAUGUUAUGGAAAAGUACAUGAAUGCGAUAAAGGCAACACUAUCUACAUCUCAACCUGUGAUAACUGAAGAAGAAUUUGGUACUAUAUUUUACAAGAUAUCCGAAUUGCACGAACUUCAUAAGAGUUUUCUGGAAGGGCUCAAAUCGGCUGUUGCUAGCUGGGAGGAACCCUUGUGUGUUGGUGUUCAUUUUAAGAAAAUGGCUGAGAAUAUCAACGUAUACGGCGCCUUUCUUCAUAACUACGGACGCGCUACGGACGCGGUGCGUCGUCGUUGUGCGAGUUCGCAGCGUUUUGCGGACUUAACUAGACAGAUUGCGUGUAGAGGGCAGCCCAUGUCACUUGACGAUUUAUUGCAUAAACCAGUCGCAAGGGUGCAGAAGAAUGCUCUUGUUUUGCAUGAUCUCAUAAAGUAUACCCCGGCUAGUCACCCUGACCACGCGAUGUUAACUGAAGCUUUAAAUAUGACGCAGCACUUUUUGGACGAAUUUAAUAUUAUACAAACCAAAUCUAUGUUCCCUAAUGCUGAUCGCGCACAAAGAAGACUUGUAAAGAAUUCAUUUAUUGUAGAAUUGUCAGAUGGACACAGGAAGUUACGUCAUCUAUUUUUAUUCAAUGAUGUUAUAGCAUGUGCUAAAUAUAAGGCUUCCGGUCGAGAUAAAUUCACGUUCGAGUUGAAAUGGUUCAUACCGCUACCGGAUAUAGUGGUCGUGGAAGAAGAUGGCAGUUCCGCGGAGAGGGAGACAUCGCCAGCUAAUAUAGUGGCGCUCAAGUCGCAGGCCUGCACUGUACGAGACCAGAUAUUAGCCGAGGAACGGGCAUUGCAGGAUGAUAAGAAAAUAAGGUUAGGCGGUCGUGGUGCAGCGGAGAAGCAGCGUAAAAAGCUAGCAGAGUUAGAAGGGCAGUUGGUUCUGGCUAGUCCCAAUCUUAUAUUCCGCAUCGCUGCGCGUGCGCCUGCAUCGACUGCACUACAGCGACAACAUGUCUUCUUCCUUAGUUCGGAGUAUGAAAGAACGCAAUGGAUUGACUCAAUACAUGCGCUACAGGCAUCAUCGGCGCCGCCCGCUGGAUCCAACACGGUCUCCAUGUUGGAACUACAAAGCUGGGUGACGGCGUGUCGCAGUUACUUACAAACUGACAUGGGCUCGUACUUGUUGCGCAGUGGACGGGAUGACUCCUUACUUCUCGGUGAUUUACAGCUACACAUUGGUGGAAUGACCGCUCCCCUCGACACUGCCGCUGACUACUAUAUCAUCAUAGAGGUGGAUUCUUAUGGGCAUUAUUUCCGCAAGGCUAAGUCAAAGUUGGUGUGUAGAAGUGCACAACCGCGUUGGAACGAGGGCUUUACUAUUGACUUAGAGGGCUCUCAGAAUUUGAGACUGCUCUUGUAUGAAGAUGCCGCUAGGCCAGUUCUUAGAGGAAAAUGUACGCUGAAGUUAUCACGCGAAUGGGUGGCAGAAAGCGCUGCGGGUGGGGUCUCUAGAACAGUGUGCGUGGGAGGUGGUUCGUUGCCUCUUCGUUUGAAAUUGUUGCCACCGGAACGCUCUGCGCGGCAUGUGCCUAAUUCCAAGUCUGGCGCGCUUUUCGGUGCCAAAAUCACGCAUGUUGCCAAACGUGAGAAGCGCAACAUUCCUUUCAUAAUAAGUGCAUGCAUACGCGAGGUCGAGAGGCGUGGCAUCCAUGAAGUGGGCAUUUAUCGAGUUUCCGGCAGUGCUUCGGACCUCAACCGGCUUAAGAAGAGCUUCGAAACUAAUGCCUAUGAAGCAGAGCAGCUAUUGAAAGAAGUUGAUAUACACAGUGUGACCGGUGUACUUAAAUUGUACCUACGAGAACUGCCCGAAGCCUUAUUCACUGACGCACUCUAUCCGGACCUGUUGAAAGCUUGGGGUUCCACUCAGGGCGUAGGCACUUCGGUUGACUCGGGCCCCGCACACACGCGACGACACGCCCUUCUCAAAUGCUACGCACAGCUUCCCGAUCUCAAUAAAAAUUGCAUCGAUUUUCUGCUCAACCAUUUUGUUAAAGUAAAUCAACACGAGACAGAGAACAAAAUGUCUUUACACAAUUUGGCAACGGUAUUUGGACCUACUUUACUUCGGCCAUCAAACAAUGCCCCUGGUGCUAAACAACGUACCGACCUGUUAGCCGCAGGAACCGUAGACGCUAUGGCCCAAGCCGGUAUACUCUACUGUCUAUUACAGCAGAGACAAUUGGCCGCGCAAUUGUCCUCGCACCAUAGAGCUCCAACGCUUCUAGACUAACGAUUUGCUGCUAAAUCGCGUUACCACGUGAGAUUGUGAUCCAAGAAAUGCAGUGUUAUGAUUUUUCCCGCAACUGACCUUAAGGCAUAUAUUAUAUUUAUACUUCAAUCAGAACAUUCUAUCCCAUUUAACUUUACAAUAUAGAUAAUCAAUUCAGAAUUCCUAAAAGUAUUUGUUAUUAUUAUUUCUAUCAAAUAAAUUUAGGCAUUCUAAAUCGACAUAAUUAAAUAGAAUAAUAAAUGAACCUGGAAAGUAGCUUUGUGAGUCGCGCGUGGGAAAAAGCGCAGUGUAGCCUUCUAAAAUACUUUUAUACAGUCCAUUGUUUACUGUUUACCGCCAUCUCUAACGUCCAUGUCUUAUUAGCUGGAUUUAACUUUACAAAUUAACUCAUUGGCAGUGAGUCAAUUAAAUCGCCGACACAAAUAACGUUGUAGAUAAAAUAGCGAUUUUAUGUAAUUUAAAUUUGGUAUUUUAAAGUGAUGAAGUAAUUUUCUGUGCCCAGUGGUGUGGGCCUUAGGCUGGCAUGAGAAAUAUUAUGGUGUGUGUUUUGGUUUCCUCAGUAUGUUGUCUUUUUAAGUAAAGUAUACAUUCCAUUAAAAAAUAUCACAAAAAUGUGAAUGAAAUCAAAUCAAAAUCUGAAAAAUAUAUAUUAUUAUUAAAAAAUUGGCAUUGUUCACAACAUGAACAAAUUGUGAUUUUGAAUAUUGCUAUAUGACAUGUGGAAAGACAUAAUUAAAUAAGUGAAAAUUAUUAUAUAUAAUGGCUAAUUAUCCUUAGGCCAAAAUUGGUGCUAAAUAUUCAAUGGAAAUUUCGAAAUUUUAUAUUACAAGGACAAUGCCAAUAAAUAAUAGAAUUCAGUGUGUAUGACAAGUAUUAUGAAGGGACCGAAAGAAAGUCACGGUUAGUGUUAACAAAAUAUAGACUGAUAAAUAAUUAAACUGUGGAAGGAUGUUUCCUGCAAAUAAAUUAAAAUUGCUUUAAAUGAUUAGACAUUUAAUACAGAUAAUUUCAAUGUGCAGCAAUUUUCAGUGCUAGUCGUGCGUAUUUACUUUAUUUUUUGUACCACUUCUAGUGCUUUGUUUAGUGUUAGUUUCUCAUAUAUAUUUACAACUCAUUCUUUUUGCUAAGUUAGUACUUAAAGACAACCAAAAAUGGAUUU